GUUACCCUCGCAACGGUUCUCUUUACAGGUGUUAGCCGCGUCGUCGGCGAACACGAUGGCUCCCCAGCCGUCCGGCGUCGGGUCGUUGUCGGCGGCCGCUCACGCACGGGGCUCACGCGCGACGGCGGCUCCUUUUUCCACGCGUGUGACGUAAUGUAACGCGUAUUCGCGUACGUACGUAUUUAAGAGCGACAUGUCGCCGCCCUGGGCUGCAGCAGCAGGUGCGGGGCCGCCCGGUGCCAAUUAGCGAGGAGGAGCGGCAAAGUUGACUCGCGGCGACCCGGGCGACGGGAGCUCUGAGGCGGUUACCGCGGCGACGCUUCUCGGCCCCUUCAUGACGUGACGACGCCAGACGCCAGCCGACGAUGGAGGAGGCGGCCAGCCGGCUGGAGCGAGAGCACGUGCACGGCGUCUACGACAAGAUUGCGCCCUACUUCAACGACAGCCGCUACAAGGCCUGGCCCAAGGUGCGACAGUUCCUGCUGGACCAGCCGCCCGGGAGCAUCGUCGCUGACGUCGGCUGCGGCAAUGGCAAAUAUCUCGGCGUUAACGAGGAAGCGUUCAAGCUGGGCUGUGACGUCUGUCGCCCCCUGGUGGACGUUGCCGGCAGCCGAGGGCACGAGGUGCAGAUGUGCGACGGGCUGCGCCUGCCUUACCGGGACGGCUGCUUCGACGCCGUGCUCUCCAUCGCAGUCAUUCACCAUUUGUCCACCAAAGAACGUCGUAUCCGAGCAAUAAGGGAGAUGGCGCGCACGCUGCGUGCGGGGGGCCGCGUCAUGAUCUACGUGUGGGCCAUGGAGCAGAAGCGCCGCAAGUUUGAGAAGCAGGACAUCUUUGUGCCGUGGAAUCCCAACCUCCGCUCGCCUGACGUGGGACCCCCGUCGCCGCCUCCGGGCCGGGCGAGCGCCAAGAGCGCGGGCGACGACGACGACGGCGACAAGCACAGGAAGGUCCGAAGCACAUCGUCCGUGGCCGACGGGGCGCCGCACAGACUUUGGUUCUUCUCCCGCUCCCUGGACUCGGUCCUGGACUUUGGGAGCUUGUCCGUCUCGCGCUCGUCGUCCCGGGAGCUCAGCACUAUACCGGGCGGGGCGGCGGCGGGCCCGCGGGGCCCCGGAUGGGCUCUCAUCCAGCACUUCUCCAGCUUCUUCUCUCCGCCUUCCACGGUCGGGUCCGAGGAGGACGUCUUCGGCCCCGGCGCCGAUCUGCACAAGGAGCCCGAAGAUGUCAAAGAGGAGCGCGGCGGCGGCGCGGCCCUGGCGCCGGAGUGCGGCGCCCUGGCUCUGCCCGACCUGGUCCCUUUCCAGAGGGAAGGCCCCCCCGGGCGGGAAAGCGCGGCGACCGACGCUUCCUGCCUGAGGUACUAUCACGUGUUCAGGGAGGGCGAGCUGGCCCAGCUCAUCGCCGAUCACGUGGCCCAACUGCGCGUCCGCCACGCCUACUUCGACCACGCCAACUGGUGCGUGGUGGCCGAGAAGGUGGAGCCCGGCAAAAUCUGAUUGGAUUCUUCUUCUUCUUCUUUUUUUUUUUUUUUAGAUUUCUAUUUUGCCAUUUUUAUCGUCUGCCUCAGACUUUUAGCACUGAAAUCUCCGUUUUUACUUUCACUUGAUGAUUCCUUGAACUCCCUGUUUUGACUUUUAUUUAAUGAUUUUAGGAGUUUACAGUUUUACAAACGCAAAAGUUAUUCCGCGGCUACAGCGCACGACUGUUCAUAUUUAUUAUCAUAUUUUUUUUUUCGAAUCAUUUUGAGGGGGUUGGAUAAACCCGAUUUUUAAAUGGUCCAAAAAAAGCACAGAACCGAUUUCGCAACCUUGUAGAAAAUGCUCACGGACAUGAUUUAUUUAUUGAUUAUUAUUAUUAUUUUAAAUCUGUCGGAAUUGAAAUGUUAAGACUGUAGUUGCCGAAGAUGAAUCUUAAAAAUCUUUGGGGUUUUGCUCAUGCAAGUGGCACAAGUAAGUAUUAAAUAUUAGGCACACUGGGAGAGCCAAAGCAAUAAUGCUCAUGAAGGCCUAAAAUCUAUACACGCACUAUAGAAAACCGCUGCAAUAUUACCGUAGAUGACACGCACAAAUAAUAAGUAGGGAAAUUAGGGGGGGGGGAGAUCUGCGUGCGAGUUCUAUGGCACUAAAUCCCCCCUUUUUAUGAUUUUUUUAAAAUUUUAUUUUACAAAGAUAAUGAGGAUUCCUUAAGUCUUACAAACGAGAAACGUUUCUCUGAAGCUGCAAUGCAGAGUUUUUUUUUUUUUUAAUUUGGGCAUUUGUCAGACUGACACUUUUUAAAAAAUAAAACACUCAGAAUAAAAUGCGUCAUCAAUUGUGAACAGUUUAUUUCACUAUUAAGGCAUGAUCAAAAUCUAAAAAAAGAAGGGG